AUGAAAAUUCACACUGGAAAGAAGCCUUACUCAUGCCCUCGGUGUGGAAAGGGUUUUCACCAACAUGGAGGCCUUAAAGUCCACAUGAGUAUUCAUACAGGAGAAAGGCCUUUUGCCUGCCAACAGUGUGGAAAAAGAUUCAAACGAAUAGUAAACCUUGAUUACCACAUGAGAGUACACACUGAAAAAAACUCUUUCACUUGCCAUCAGUGUGGAAAAAAUUUUAGCCGAAAAGGAUCCCUUGAUUACCACAUGAGAGUGCACACUGAGAAACCCUACACAUGCCCUCACUGUAGAAAGAGUUUCAGCCAAAAAGGAAAAUUUGAAUACCACAUAAGAAACCACACUAGAGAGAAACCCUACAUAUGCCCACAUUGUGGAAAUGGUUUCAUUCAAAAAGGACACGUCAUAGACCACAUAAGAAUUCACACUGGAGGGAGAGAAGCCACCUGCCAACAGUGUGGAAAGAGUUUCAAUCAAAAAGGAAACUUUACAGUCCACAUGAAAAUUCACACUGUAGACAAGCCUGAAAACUGUGUGGAAAGAGCUUCACAGCAGAAUUAA